AUGUCUUCUCGCCAGCAGCCGCCAUGGCGGCAACCGGCCUCUAGCCCGGACGCGCAACUCCCUCCGUUGAAGGUGUGGAACUCGUUGACCAAGUCCAAGACCCCCUUCGUCCCGAUCGACCCUGCGGGCAAGAAAGUUGUGUGGUACGCGUGCGGACCGACUGUUUACGACGAUGCGCAUCUUGGACAUGCCCGAAACUAUGUCAGCACCGAUAUUAUUCGGCGAAUUAUGCGCGACUACUUCAAGUUUGAUGUCAACUUCGUUAUGAACAUUACAGACAUAGACGACAAGAUCAUCCUCCGCGCCAGACAACAACACCUGUUUAACGAAUUCAUCACCACCAACCCUACGAUUACCUCAGAGGUCCUAGAUACCGUCAAAAGCGCUUUCGCCGCCUACUUAAAGAAGAACCUUCCCUUGCUCGACUCCGAACUCCCCCGUCGCGCUUUGCCAGGAAAUGAGAAGGCAGGUGAUGAUGAGGCCAAGGUUAAAAUGCACAUCAAGACGGCUGCGUCGGCCGCAAAGGUCUUCGCGCAGGCUGAAACCCGUGAUGGCUCGAGUGCCGACCCUGCUCUCUUUGCUGAGUCAUUCUAUUCGAAUGCGCAGGAUCUCAUUUUGCCUUACCUCGAUGCCAUGAAGGGCGCAUUGGUUGAUGCGGAUGAUCACAGCAUCUUCACCAAAUUGACUAAGAGAUAUGAGGACCGGUUCAUCAAGGAUAUGCGCGACCUGAACGUUCUUGAUCCCACCGAGUUGACUCGCGUGACGGAGUAUGGUGAUGAGAUUGCGGCAUUCGUGGAUCGCAUUGUUAAGAAUAACUUUGGAUAUGCUACAAAGGAUGGAUCGGUGUACUUUGAUAUCAAUGCCUUUGAAGCUGCGGGCCACCCGUACGCUCGACUUGAGCCAUGGAGUCGGUCAGACAACAAAUUGGCUGCAGAGGGCGAAGGCUCUUUGGCCAGCAAGACGACAGAGAAGCGCGGUGCUUCCGAUUUCGCUCUCUGGAAGUCGUCCAAGCCAGGCGAGCCGAGCUGGUCCAGCACCUGGGGCAAGGGCCGCCCUGGUUGGCACAUCGAAUGCUCAGCCAUGGCAUCAGCCCGGCUGGGCAAUCACAUGGAUAUUCACUCUGGUGGUAUCGAUCUUGCCUUCCCGCACCACGACAAUGAGCUGGCCCAGAGUGAGGCAUACUGGCACGGUGACCACGAGCAUGACCAAUGGGUUAACUACUUCCUCCACAUGGGCCAUCUUUCUAUUCAAGGAUCCAAGAUGUCUAAGUCGUUGAAGAACUUCACUACUAUCCGGGAAGCGCUUGAUCGUAAAGACUGGUCGCCGAGAAGUCUGCGCAUUGUUUUCCUCCUGGGUGGCUGGAAGGACGGUGUUGAGAUCACAGAGGAUCUGGUAAACAAUGGCAGCUCAUGGGAGGAGAAGGUAAACAACUUCUUCCUCAAGGUGAAGGAUCCUGCGGCUCUCCAGUCGUCAGGCACCGACACCACCUUUGCCGCUGAUCUGGAAGCGGCCAAGAAGGCAGUCAACGACCAGCUCUGCGAUUCUUUCAACACUCCCGCUGUCAUGGCGUCGAUCUCCGAUCUUAUCUCCAAGUUCAACAUUGCCGACAAAACCACCGUGCCUUCCGAGGACGUUCACGCUGCAGCCCGAUGGGUCACCUCCAUGGUGAACAUUUUCGGUCUCAAUGGCACGGCCUCGGCUGAUAGCACUGAAAUCGGCUGGUCUGGUAUUGAUAUCCCCGAGGAGGCCAAGCCCUACCUGUACCCUCUGUCCGCUAUGCGUGACACGCUCCGUGAAGCCGCGCGGUCCAAGGCUGGCAUCUCCGCCAAGGACAUCGAGGCGGCAGUUGCCAAAGCAUCGGCACCCGAAGAGGCCUCCGAAUCUGCCAAGCCAUUCGCAGAGCUUUUCUCCAACUUCCGUAAUAAGGUGGUGUCUCUAGAGUCAUCUGAGUCUAUUGGCAAGGAUAUUCUUUCCCUGUGCGACCGGGUGCGAGACAUCGACCUCUUCGAUGUUGGUAUCGCCCUCGAAGAUCGGGAAAACCAACCUGCCAUGGUCCGGCCAGUCACCCAAGAGAUGAUCAAGGCGCGGGAAGAGAAGGAAACCCGAGCCCUCCAGAAACAGGCUGAAAAGCUGAAGAAUCAGCAGGAAGCCCUCAAGAAGGCGGAGAAGGGCAAGCUGAGCCACUUGGAGAUGUACCGCACCAAUGAGUACAGCGCCUGGGACGAGGAAGGCAUGCCUACUCGCGACACUGCCGGCGAGGAGAUCACCAAGAGUCGCGCUAAGAAGCUCCGCAAAGACUGGGAGCGUCAGAAGAAGGCACAUGAGGCAUGGUUGGCUACUCAGGCCAAAUAG